AUGGUUAUGUUAGAGGAAUUAGGUCUCAAACGUGAAUUUCUGGAGAAUGAACAAUCAAGAAUAGCGAUGAAAAAUUUAGAUGCAUUGGGGUUUGUCAAACUUGAGGAUGUUCCUAUUGUUUUCGAUAAAAUCAAGAGUGAUGCUCCAGCGGCUGUUCAAGGUAAGGUGCAGGAACUGCAAAAGGUAAGCAGAAAAUU